AUGCCUUCGUCAUGUAGAGAGUUGAGAGCCGCACUCGCGGCAUGCCUCCAGAACUCCGACUGCAUCAUGGUCCAACACCACACCCCCCUCGAAUGUCUCUCCCCACCUCUCAAGGACGAACUACCCAUACAAUGCCAACAGAUCCAGCGAGGCUUCCGCGACUGCAAACGUGGAAUGGUCGAUAUGCGUAAAAGGUUCCGUGGCAACCAACCUGUUGGAGCUUCGCUCGAGCUCGAAGCAGGGACUGAUGGUAAUGUUCUUCCGCCUGGUCAGAUGGUUGAGGGAGUUGCGGCGAAGAAGUCGGGACAGCUGUAUGGUGGGAAGCCUGCGUUUGAGUCGGUUAAGGAACGGAGUGGUGAUGAGGUGAAGAUUGAUUUAAGUGAGUCGAGAGGAUUGUGA